ACGUGCCCGUGCAUAAUCGAGAAAUUAACUAACGACGUCGUCCACUGGCUUUCUUUAUAGAAAGCAGAUACUUCCGGCCUCUUCCUCAUAGUCCAUCGCCAUGGCGCAUGCUCUAUUCUCCUUUCCCACCCACUUCCUCGCUUCGCCACGAGCCCAUGCCGCAUCGAGGCCCUCAUUCGUCGGCUCUGCCGGAGCUGCAGCAGCAGCAGCCUCCCCGGCGUCACUCUACGAGGUCCUCGGCGUCCCCGCUAACGCCACAAACUGCGAGAUCAAGGCUUCGUACCGGCGGCUGGCGCUCGAGUGCCACCCUGACGUCGGCGCACCCGCCGAAGAGUUCUUGCGCCUCCACGCCGCCUACGCUACGCUCGCCGAUCCCGAUAAGCGCGCCGACUACGACCGGCAGCGGAUGGCGCCGGAUCAACAUCUCCUGCGGAGGAGGUAUACGUACGAAAGCACGAGCUCGUCGAUGUCGCGGGGAAACUGCCGGCGGACGUGGGAGACGGACCAGUGUUGGUAGGGGGCCGGGCGAGCUGAACCGUCGGAUCAGAUGGGAUUCGCGAUUCCUUAUUAGAGUAAAUAAUUUUAAAUAUUAUAAAAGAGGAAAAAAGAAGUCUCCACGCCUUUUAUUGGGUUGUACUUCUUCGGGAUGCGUGCUUAUUAGAGCAUCUAGCUUUUUUUAAAUAGAUGGGUUAUUUUAAUGAUCUCUCUCAUAUAGAUUUUGUAAAUAGAGAAAAAGAUAAAUAUAGAUAUAUAAAUUAUAGACAUAUGAUGAAAUAAAUUUUAAUCAUCAAUUUUAAAAAAUUAAUUUUUGAUUAUUAUAUUAAAAAUGAUAUACGUUCAUAAUUUGUACUACGCUCUUGGAACAUAGUUGGAAUUCUCAAAGAAUUCAUUCCUUGUCA